CUUGACUCCCCCACCCCCCCAUUUCUCGACUCUGUAAAACCCUUCCAUUCGGCUCAUCUUUGUUCAAAAAAGACCUCUCUUUCUCUUCGAUAGAUUCAAUUACAUACAGAGACAACUAUAUAUAUAGAGAGGGAGAUGUCGACUCUUUCUUCAUCCACGCAUUGUCGUUCGUAUUGUUCUUCAUCAUCAUCAGCUUAUCCGACUUCUUCUUCCAAUCAUGGGUAUAGACGAAUAUCCGUUUCUUCGAUUUUCCCAAAGCGAUUCCUACCCAGAAACGUUUCUGUGCAAUCGAACCGAAAAUCGUGGUCCAAUGUGGUCUGCAUGCAAGAUGGUGUAGUAGCCGCAACAAUAGCCCAAAUUGAAAAUGAAAGUCGUUUAAAGAAAAUGAAAAAUGGGUUGUUGUCAGUUGCACCUCCAGAGGAAUGUAAGGACGCCGCUGGUUUUGAUAACAACAAUGAUAAAUCCACUGUCAGUAUUACUGUGGUCGGAGCCUCGGGGGACCUUGCUAAGAAGAAGAUAUUUCCUGCACUUUUUGCACUUUAUUAUGAGGAUUGCCUCCCAGAGCACUUCACCAUCUUUGGGUAUGCCCGGAGUAAGAUGACCGAUGCUGAACUUAGGAACAUGGUUAGCAGGACCCUUACUUGCCGGAUUGAUAAGAGGGAGAACUGUGGCGAAAAGAUGGAUCAAUUCCUUCAAAGAUGCUUCUACCAUUCUGGUCAAUAUGAGUCUCAGGAUGAUUUUGCAGAGCUUGACAAGAAACUGAAGGAACAUGAGGGUGGGAGGGUUUCGAAUCGCCUUUUCUAUCUAUCAAUCCCACCAAAUAUAUUCGUAGAUGCAGUACGAUGUGCAAGCCUCUCUGCCUCAUCCGCUGAUGGCUGGACAAGGGUCAUUGUAGAGAAGCCCUUUGGUCGGGAUUCCGAAUCUUCAGCAGCUUUGACGAAAUCUCUCAAGCAAUACUUAGAGGAGGAUCAAAUUUUCAGAAUAGACCACUAUUUGGGGAAGGAGCUGGUGGAGAAUCUAUCUGUCCUUCGCUUUUCCAACCUCAUUUUCGAGCCCUUGUGGUCCAGACAGUAUAUAAGGAGUGUACAGUUGAUAUUCUCUGAAGAUUUUGGCACUGAAGGGCGGGGAGGAUACUUCGACAAUUAUGGGAUAAUAAGAGACAUAAUGCAAAACCAUUUGCUUCAGAUACUGGCCCUCUUUGCCAUGGAAACCCCUGUCAGUUUGGAUGCAGAAGAUAUUAGAAAUGAAAAGGUCAAAGUUCUACGUUCAAUGAGGCCUUUGCAACUCGAAGAUGUGGUCGUAGGACAGUAUAAGAGCCACACAAAAGGAGGUGUAUCUUACGCAGCCUAUACAGAUGACAAGACCGUACCCCAAGACAGCCUAACUCCAACAUUUGCCGCAGCUGCUCUUUUUAUUGAUAAUGCAAGAUGGGAUGGGGUGCCUUUUCUUAUGAAAGCCGGGAAAGCUUUACAUAAUAAGAGUGCUGAGAUAAGAGUUCAGUUUAGGCAUGUGCCUGGUAAUCUAUACAACCGAAGUUUCGGUGCAGAUCUUGAUCAAGCAACAAAUGAGCUUGUUAUCCGUGUCCAGCCAGAUGAAGCUAUCUACUUGAAGAUCAAUAAUAAGGUCCCUGGUUUGGGUAUGAGAUUGGACCGUAGCAACCUAAAUCUUCUCUAUGCAGCAAGAUACUCAAAGGAGAUUCCCGAUGCAUAUGAGAGACUUCUUCUUGAUGCCAUUGAAGGGGAGAGGAGACUGUUUAUUCGAAGUGAUGAACUUGAUGCUGCUUGGUCGCUCUUCACACCCGUACUCAAAGAACUAGAAGAAAAGAAAAUUAUUCCUGAAUAUUACCCUUAUGGGAGUCGCGGCCCUGUUGGAGCUCACUAUCUUGCAGCCAAAUACAAAGUUCGAUGGGGCGAUCUUGGUAUCAAGCAAUAGCUUGAGAGUGUAUGCAUAACAGUGGAAGGAAUGUUUCCAUGAAUCAUAUUUAGUUUAUUGGGCUUACUUUAUCGUUGGGAGACUAUGGUCAGAAGCCAAUAGUGUGUGAACACGUGUAAUCAGGGAAGGAAGAUUUGGGCGUUCUUCGCUAUUUAUGAGUGCUAAAUUUGUUCUUUCCAUUUUCCUGAUAUUGUUUCUUUGUUAUGUCAGGUUUGAUGGAAGAUAGGUUAGUUUGUCAUUACAAAUCUAUUUCAGAUUCAGAUGAAUGGUUUCUCCCAAUUUUCAGCAGAAUCAACACAACUUAAAGGCUAUGUUUGGAAUCUUGGAUGUGAGUGGGGAUUUGUGGAGGGAAAAGGAGUAGGAAAAAGUGUUGAAAUUUACGUAAUAUUUUUGUCACUUUUUUCCUUGUGUAUUUUUUUUCUUUUUUUUUCUCUUACUUUUAUGAUCCAAACACAGCUUAAAGUUUUUUU